AUGGCUUCUGGUAGUGUAUCAAAGUCUCCAUCCUCGGACAAGAAGAAGAAAGUGAAGAAGGUUUCCAUUGACGGUCCGGAGAUUGAGGAAUUUAUUGAGCAAAAGAGCAAAAAAGAGAAGAAGACAAAAAUACCCUCUGAUGAUUCGAAUAUUAAGAAAAAAGAAAAGAGGAAGCGAAAGGAUACGGAGAUUGACAAUGUGGAAGAGGAGAGGAGCGAGACUAGCUCGGAGAUGGGCGAGCCGAUGAAUAUGAAUAAGAAAAAGAUGAAGCUUGGUGAUGAGGAAAACAAAAACGAGGAGGAAGAGAAUCCGAAUGCCGUCUCGAAUUUCCGGAUAUCAAAGCCGUUGAGGGAGGCCUUGAAGGCUAAGGGGAUCGAAUCUCUGUUCCCAAUACAGGCCAUGACUUUUGAUACCGUCCUUGAUGGGGUGGAUUUGGUUGGUAGGGCUCGUACUGGUCAGGGAAAAACAUUGGCCUUUGUGUUACCCAUAUUGGAGUCGUUGACUAAUGGACCCACAAAAGCUUCAAGAAAGACAGGAUAUGGGAGGACACCCAGUGUUCUUGUGCUUUUACCCACUAGAGAAUUGGCCACUCAGGUGUUUUCUGACUUUGAAUUCUAUGGUGGAGCAUUGGGGUUGACAUCGUGUUGCCUAUACGGGGGGUCUCCUUAUCAGCCGCAGCAUGUUCAAUUGAAAAGGGGUGUUGACGUAGUAAUUGGCACUCCUGGCCGCAUUAAGGAUCACAUAGAGAGGGGGAAUAUUGACUUUAGCUCACUGAAGUUCCGUGUACUUGAUGAGGCUGAUGAGAUGUUGAGGAUGGGUUUUGUUGAAGAUGUUGAACUAAUUCUAGGCAAGGUAGAGGAUGCGAGCAAAGUUCAAACACUUCUCUUUAGUGCCACUUUGCCAGAAUGGGUGAAGAAUAUUGCGUCUAGGUUUCUGAAAAGGGAUAAGAAAACUGCUGAUCUUGUUGGCAAUGAGAAAAUGAAGGCUAGUACCAGUGUGAGGCAUAUUGUUCUUCCUUGCUCCACUGCUGCCAGAUCUCAACUUAUUCCCGACAUCAUUCGCUGCUAUAGUAGUGGUGGCCGCUCUAUUAUUUUCACUGAGACAAAGGAUUCCGCUUCUACACUUGCUGGAGUGUUGCCCGGAGCACGGGCUUUGCAUGGGGACAUACAACAGGCUACGCGUGAGGUAACACUUGCUGGAUUCAGGUCAGGAAAAUUUUUAACACUUGUGGCCACAAAUGUGGCAGCACGUGGAUUGGAUAUUGAUGAUGUCCAGUUGAUUAUUCAGUGCGAGCCACCACGUGAUGUAGAGGCAUAUAUACAUCGGUCUGGACGAACUGGGAGAGCGGGGAAAACUGGUGUUGCUGUAAUGCUUUAUGAUCCAAGAAAGUCAAAUUUUUCUCGGAUAGAAAGAGAAUCUGGCAUGAAGUUUGAGCACAUAUCUGCUCCACAGCCUGCUGAUAUAGCUAAAGCUGCUGGAGCAGAAGCAGCUGAAAAAAUUAAUGAGAUCUCUGAUAGUGUCAUUCCGGUCUUCAAGGCUGCUGCUGAAGAACUCCUGAACACAUCUACUUUAUCACCAACUGAACUACUUGCAAAAGCACUUGCUAAGGCUGCUGGCUAUAGUGAAAUAAGGAGUCGAUCACUUCUCAGUUCAAUGGAAAACUCUGUUACAGUUCUCCUUCAGUGCGAAAAGCCCAUCUACACACCAUCCUUUGCUUAUGGGAUUUUGCGGAGGUUUUUACCUGAAGAGAAGGUCGAGUCCAUUAAGGGUCUUGCUUUAACAGCUGAUGGAAAGGGCGCAGUUUUUGAUGUCACCACUGAAGACUUGGACACAUUCCUUACAGGCCAGGAAAAUGCUGCUGGCAUAAGCUUAGAGGUAGUGAAAACAUUACCGCCUUUGCAAGAGAGAGAGUCAAGAGGUGGACGAUUUGGAGGUGGACGUGGUGGCUUUUCUGAUAGGAGAGAUGGUAGGUUCGGUGGAGGCAGAGGAGGCAGAGGUGGGUUUUCUGAUAGGCGAAAUGAUCGAUUUUCCGGAGCUCCUAGAGGAAGAGGUCGCAAUUGGUGA